AGCAAUAGCAUUGUGCCCAAUGCCAAAUCUUUGAAACAGGUUCUUUAUCACAAGGAAAUCACUGGUCGACAGAGACCAUCUCUCUCUCGUCAGAAAUAGGAAAAAGAUUCAGAGAUAGCUUCUGCUGAUCGGUGCAAAGGAGUUUCGAUAUCCAUGGAUCAUGCAGAGUUAACGACGGAACAGGUUCUCAAGCGGGACAUCCCAUGGGAGACUUACAUGACAACAAAGCUGAUUACAGGAACAUGCCUUCAGUUGUUGAGGCGUUAUGAUAACAGGUCGGAAAGUUACCGCGCAGCACUACUUGAUGAUGAUGGUCCAGCUUAUGUCCGUGUAUUUGUGAACAUUUUGCGUGAUAUUUUCAAGGAAGAAACAGUGGAAUAUGUUCUAGCUCUUAUUGAUGAAAUGCUCACAGCAAACCCGAAACGGGCAAGAUUAUUCCAUGACAAAUCUCUUGCAAAUGAAGAUACUUAUGAACCUUUCUUAAGAUUGCUUUGGAAAGGUAAUUGGUUCAUACAAGAGAAGAGCUGUAAGAUAUUGUCUUUAAUAGUAAGUGUUAGACCAAAAACCCAUGAUGGUAUUAUUGCAAACGGAGAUGCCUCUCAUUCAAAUAAAAAGUCUACUACUAUUGAUGAUGUGUUGAAAGGAUUGGUCGAAUGGCUCUGUGCUCAACUGAAGAAGCCGUCACAUCCUUCCCGUGGCAUGCCAACCGCCAUCAGCUCCCUAUCAACUUUGCUGAAGGAACCCUUGGUGAGAUCUUCAUUUGUUAAAUUAGAUGGAGUGAAGCUUCUCAUUCCUUUGAUAUCUCCAGCAUCAACUCAGCAAUCUAUCCAGCUUCUUUAUGAAACAUGCCUAUGUGUUUGGCUCUUGUCAUACUAUGAACCUGCAGUGGAGUAUCUGGCUACUUCUAGGACCCUUCCACGACUAGUAGAAGUGGUUAAAGGUUCAACUAAGGAAAAGGUUGUGAGGGUUGUUGUCUUAACCCUUAAGAACUUGCUUUCCAGAGGGACAUUUGGGGCUCAGAUGGUAGACCUUGGAUUACCUCAAAUUGUUCAAAAUUUGAAAGCUCAAGCAUGGAGUGAUGAGGACCUGUUGGAGGCUCUGAAUCAUCUGGAAGAGGGGCUGAAGGACAAUAUUAAAAAAUUGAGUUCUUUUGAUAAAUACAAGCAAGAAGUCCUUCUUGGACACCUUGACUGGUCACCCAUGCACAAAGAUCCAUGGUUUUGGCGUGAAAAUAUGACAAACUUUGAAGAGAAUGAUUUUCAGAUUCUCCGAGUUCUCAUCACAAUCCUUGACACAUCCAAUGACCCAAGGGCACUGGCAGUUGCAUGUUAUGAUCUCUCACAGUUCAUUCAGUACCAUUCAGCUGGGCGGAUCAUAGUGACUGAUCUUAAGGCCAAAGAGCGGGUGAUGAAGUUGAUGAAUCAUGAGAAUUCAGAGGUAACAAAGAAUGCUCUUCUCUGUAUUCAGAGGCUUUUCCUCGGUGCAAAGUACGCAAGCUUUUUGCAGGCUUAAUAGGUAAUGCCAUGGUGUAUUAGAAAAUUUAAGGUGUCACAUAUGUCAAAGGGGGCAUCAGGAUACUGAUGACCAUGCGGAUUAUUGAGGAAUAAUUAGCUGGUCGAUUAUUUACUGUUAGAAGCUCUUAAUUUAGGAAGUAUUUUGUUUAUGCAACUCAUGCAGUAUCAGAAGGGAGUUGCUUGGAAUCUCUAGAAUAAAAAUUGUUUUUUGGGUGGAAUUGUAAUAAGGAGAUUCUACAGCUACACAUCGUUUUGUCCUCACAAUUGUUAUGUUUUUAUAUAUGGAAUAAAAUUAUUGUUACUUUUCUAUUC